AUGGCAGGAAAGGACGUCGUUGUCACGGGUGCCUCUGGCCUGUUGGGAAGACAGGUUGCCAGAGCCUUUGACCGCAAAAACUGGAAUGUCAAGGGCACUGGACUCUCUCGUGCGGACAAUGUGUCUGUCUUCAAGGUCGAUUUGGGCAAAACCGCAGAGGUUGAGAAGUUUCUCGACGAAUCAAAGCCUCAAGUAGUCGUUCAUUGCGCGGCUCAGAGAUACCCUGACAAGGUAGACAACGACCCGGAUGCUGCCAGGGCCCUUAAUGUUGCCGCUACCAAGUCGCUAGCUAGCAUUUGUGCUGCUCGGUCUGUUCUGCUCAUCUACAUCUCCACCGACUAUGUUUUCUCUGGAAAGCCCGGCGAGGCCCCCUAUGAAGCUGAUGCUCCUACGGGCCCUACUAACCUGUACGGCCAAACUAAGCUGGACGGAGAGCAUGCCGUAUUGGAGGAGUACAAGCAAGCCGGCCGCGAAGGCCUCGGCCUCGUCCUUCGCGUACCUGUUCUGUACGGAAAGGCGGAAACUCCCGCCGAAAGUGCCACCAACAUCCUCAUGGACACACUGUGGAAGACGCAGGACGGCCAGUCCAAGGUCAAGAUGGACCACUGGGCCAUCCGAUACCCUACAAACACCGAAGAUGUCGGACGUGUGUGUCAUGAUAUCGCCGUCAAGUACCUUGAGGCCAGCGACCGCAGCUCGUUCCCCAAGGUUCUGCAGUUCUCCAGUGAGGACAAGAUGACAAAGUACGAGAUCUGCCAAAAGUUUGCUGAGAUCAUGGACCUCUCCAUGGACGGUAUCAUCGCCAACACCGAGGGUAACGACCCCAAUGCCAGUGUCCAGCGGCCGUACGACUGCCACCUCAGCACACGGGCGCUCAAGGACCUAGGUAUCGACGUGUCGACGAGCGACUUUAUCGGUUGGUGGAGACGCGAGGUGCACGCCUUCCGCCAUUGA